AUGUUUCUGUUUUGUUUAGCUCCGAGCACAAUAACACAAGUUUGUUGCAUUUUUUUUUCCAGUCUUCAAGGAGCUUCUUGCUAGAAUGUUGGAAGAAAAAAGAAAUAGUGCCCCACAUUUGCCUAAAAUUGGUGACAUCAAGAAGGCCAGUCGUUAUUCUAUUCCAGAUCUCGCUGUUGAUGUUGAACAAGUUAUUGGACUUGAAAAAGUGAGCAAAAAGGCCAAAGCCAACACGGUCGGAGGAAGAAACAAGCUGAAGAAGAUUCUGGAUAAAACUCGAAUUAGUAUUCUUCCUCAGAAACCUUACAAUGACAUUGGAAUCGGCCAGUCUCAAGAUGACAGCAUUGUCGGUCUGCGACAGACCAAGCACAUGCCAGCUACACUCCCCGUCAGUGGACACACUGUCAUCCAGUAAUCCAGAUCUGCUGCAGUCUCACCACCGUAUCUUAGACUUUAACACCACUCCAGAUCUGCCUGACCAGGUAUUGCGAGUUUUUAAAGCUGACCAGCAGAGCCGUUAUAUAAUGAUAAGCAAGGACACCACUGCUAAGGAAGUGGUUAUUCAGGCUAUCAGAGAGUUUGCACUUACUGCUGUGCCAGAUGCUUACUCUUUAUGUGAGGUUUCUGUCACUCCUGAAGGUGUUAUCAAGCAGAGACGACUUCCAGAUCAGCUAUCAAAGCUGGCAGACAGAAUACAACUGAGUGGCAGGUAUUACCUUAAAAACAACAUGGAAACAGAAACAUUGUGUUCAGAUGAGGAUGCCCAGGACUUGCUGAGAGAGAGCCAGAUUUCUUUGCUUCAGUUAAGUACCAUUGAGGUGGCUACGCAGCUUUCCAUGAGGAAUUUUGAGCUGUUCAGGAACAUUGAGCCCACGGAGUACAUUGAAGAUCUCUUCAAACUGAAGUCAAAGAUUGGUUGCACCAACCUCAAGAACUUUGAAGAUGUAAUUAACCAAGAAACCUUCUGGGUGGCUUCAGAAAUUUUAAGGGAAACCAACCAGCUGAAAAGGAUGAAGAUUAUCAAGCAUUUUAUCAAGAUAGCACUGCACUGUAGAGAAUGCAAGAACUUCAACUCAAUGUUUGCAAUCAUU